AUGACCACAAUUACCACUACCCACUCGCUCGAAGAGCAGGGUUCCCCUAUUCAUGUUACUACAGAGGUUACAGACCAAGCCGCUGGCGCGCACGCAUCGCUUGCAACCGGUGGAUACGAGUUCCCUGGCAUUCCUAAGAUCAACGAUCUCUACAAGAAGCGACAAUGGCAGCUAGAGCACAUGGCCGGUGCUUUCCGUGUCUUUGCACGAAAGGGAUAUACAGAGGGAACCAGUGGCCACAUCAGUGUGCGCGAUCCGAUUGAUCCCUCGACAUUCUGGAUUAACCCCAUGGGAAAGCACUUCGGCAUGCUCAAGGCCAGUGACAUGGUGCAUAUUGACGAAGAGGGCCAGGUUAUCGGUGGCAACAAAACAGCCAUCAAUGCGGCUGGCUUCAUGAUCCACAGCGCCAUCCACAAGGCACGACCUGAUAUCCAUGCCGCCUGCCAUACGCACUCUCCGGCUGGAAAAGCCUGGGCCACGUUUGGACGGCCGCUCAAUAUUAUCAACCAGGAUACCUGUAAUUUUUGGGGCACACAGGCCGUCUACAAAUCAUUUGGCGGCGUUGUUUUGGGUGCAGAUGAGAGCGAGCGCAUUGCUGAGGCCCUGGGAGAUACAGGCCGGGUUAUGGUGCUUCAGAACCACGGUCUCUUGACUACUGGCGGUACUGUUGAUGAGGCUGCUUACCUGUUCACAUUAAUGGAGCGAUCCUGCGAGGUUCAGAUCAUGGUUGAGAGCACCGGUAUCGCUCAGAACAUUAUUGGAGAUAGAGAAGCUGAAUUUACCGCCAAGGUGAAUGCUGAUCCAGAGACUCUCUAUACCGAAUUCCAACCAGACUUUGAAUACGAGAUCUGGAAGUCCAAGGGCGAAUUAUGCAAGGGGGAAUAG